UAUAUAGUAUAUAGUUAUUUUUAUAUAUAUAUAAGACAACAAUAUGACACUGAUUUGUCUUUCAGAUCAACUCUUUUGUCAUGAAACCUUUGGUCUUGAAAAUGAAACAUUUUUACAAAGACAACCAUUUGCCUAAUGUUUCCAACAACAAUGAAUCUAGAGAUGAUCACGAGAUGGGUUCUAGUUCUAUGUCAGCAAAUGGUGAUAUUUUGAUCCAAAACCCUUCUUUCCAUUGCUUCUUACAAGGCAAAGAUCUCAACCCUGCUCGCGCGAUUAUAGCUGAGAUGUUGGGGACAUUUAUUUUGAUGUUUUGCAUAAGUGGGAUCAUAGCAAGCACUAAGCUAACAGGUGGAGAUGCAUUGUUGGAGUAUGCACUUACGGCAGGGUUAACAAUUGUGGUACUUAUUUUCUCUAUAGGAUCCAUAUCUGGUGCACAUGUUAACCCUGCAGUCACUAUAGCCAUUGCAGCUUUUGGUUAUUUUCCUUGGUCCAGGGUACCACUUUACAUAUUGGCUCAAAUUCUGGGUUCUGUAUUGGCAACAUUAAUGGGAGAAUUCGUUUAUGGCAUAAAUUCAGAUGUUAUGGAAACACAGCCAAGCCAAGGCUCUCAAUCAGCCUUCAUGGUGGAGCUCCUUGCCACUUUCAUCGUCGUAUUUGUUGUUGCAGCAGUGACUCAACAAUCACAAACUGUUGGUCAAUUGUCCGGGUUGGUUAUUGGAAUGGCCAUUCGGCUUGCGGUCUUGAUUUCAGGGCCUGUUUCAGGAGGAUCACUGAAUCCAGCAAGGUCCUUAGGACCAGCAAUUGUGUCAAGAAAUUUCGACAACAUAUGGUUAUAUCUAACAGCCCCAGUAUUAGGAGCAGUAUUAGGAGCCCUGAUGUAUAAAUUCCUGCGUCUCCAAGGCCAACCAUGUCUUGCCACCUCCUCUCCCGACAGUGAUAUGCUGAGCCAUUCCUUGGCAUUUGGGAGGAGCUAAGUGAUGAAAGGCUGUUGAGUUAUAAGCAAUACAAAUCUCAUGGGUUUUGUUUGGUGGAUGAAAAGGAGGGUCAUAUACAGCAGGAUUGAACCAUGGCACUUACGAGAAUGAUUGAGCUUCCCAAUAGUGUCUUUUUUAUUAUUAUUA